AUGAAGAGCCAAUCUGCGGUAAUUCUCGGUGCCGGCAUCAUUGGACUAAAUGUUGCCCUAAUCCUCGCUGAAAGAGGCUAUGCUAGUCAAACAACCAUCAUAGCCGAGCACCUCCCAGGUGAUACAUCCAUCAACUAUACUUCGCCAUGGGCUGGCGCAAACUUUUCUGCUCUUUCUGCAAGUGAUAAGAAUGCUUUGCGGUGGGACAAGCUCGGGUACAAGCAUCUCCUCAAUAUUGCUGCGAAGGACGGGAAACAGGCAUUUGUUCAGGAAACAUCCUCCAUCGAGUACUGGGAUGAAAUGCCAUCGCACACGAAGCUCGAUUCUAUGGCCAGCUAUCUAAAGAACGUGAGUCGUUUGCCGACAGUCUAUCCUUUGCCUCUCCCUAUCCAGGUCCCUAAUAUAGAGAUUCUACAGUUUAAAGAGGUUCCCAAGCAGGAACUGCCGCAAGGUGUUGCGUUUGGUAUUACAUUCACGACAAUAACCAUCAAUGCCCCGAUGCAUAUUCAAUAUCUUCUUCAAAAGCUUACACAGCACUACGGAGUCCGGGUCGUUCGCAAGAAAGUCUCGGAUAUAACCUCUGGCUUCCUCAACAAGGAUACGAAGGUAGUCUUUAACUGCACUGGUAACGCUGCUCGUACGCUGCAUGGAGUCAGGGACCCGAAAUGCUACCCAACUAGAGGUCAAAUUCUGCUUGCCAGGGCACCACACAUCAAGCAAAAUGUGAUGAGACACGGGAAAGACUAUGAGACAUACGUUAUACCACGACCGUACUCGAAUGGAAAUGUGAUCCUCGGUGGCUACAUGCAGAAGGGAGUGGGCAUUGGUGAUACGAUUGGAGAGGAGACAAAGUCUAUAUUAUCCCGGACCAAGGCGAUGCUUGCUGAGCUUGAUUCAUCCGACACGGAGAUACUUGCAGCGUUUGCAGGUUUGCGCCCGUCAAGGGAAGGAGGUGCCCGAGUUGCUAGUGAAGUCGUGCAGCUAGAUGGCUUUGAAAGAAAUGGCAUCGUUGUUCAUAACUACGGUGCUGGAGGGACUGGAUUCCAGGCUGGGUAUGGAAUGGCACUUGAUGCGGUUGAAAUUGCGUUGGUUGAACUUCAAAUUCUUCAAUCAGAUUCGGCAAGGAUCAUGAAAUCAUCUUUAUAG